AUGAAUGUGCCCUCGGGAGCCAUGUCGCCUGUCUCCGUCGAUGGCAGCGACUGCCACUCCUCCGACCUCCGGCGUACCCAGCGCGCCCUUAAGUCCCAGCGGCAUUCCCCCUCCGGUCCCUCGCCCACCGGCAGCGGCAACCCUUCUCCUCCGAGCUCCGUCGCCGCCAGGUCCAGCGUAGGAACAGUAGGCGGCGAGCCGCGCGAUGGCGGCAGACGACAUCGGCAGAUGGAGGGUGUGCUACACCAGCACUAUGUGGCCCUGCGACGGUUCCUGAAUGCCGCCGAUCGUGAUGACCGAAAUGACGGCCGGUCGAACAAGGCCCGGGACAAGCUCCUACGUCUCUCGCCGACACAGUUCCAUGAACUGAGUACAGAUGUCUACGACGAAUUGAUCCGACGCCAGCAGGCCAUGCCUCCCCCCGGAUACCCUCCUCGCCCCGAUGUACCACCCUUCCUCCCUCCGCGCAAGAAUUUCCACGAGAAACGUAACCACGCCCGUCAGAGGCUCGCCUCCCUCCAACACGUGCGCUUCCGGGACUUGGCCACCGAUGUUUACUGUGAGCUGGAGCGCCGAUUCCCACAAUUCACCGGUCCUGGAGGCCGACCGCCGCCCGGUUUUCCUCCAGAUGCGCGUCGUUCGCAGUCUCGUGGUCCCCCGAGUCGCAUGGGUCGCGGAUAUCCGUCUGGGGGCCCGCCGGGCAGCCCAUUCCCUCCGCGUCAGGGUUCACUUGGUGGCCCGCCCUCGAUGAAUGGAGAUGGUCCUUUGCCUCGAUCUUUCCAGAGCAACACCAUGGUCCCCAACAAGAGUACGAUGGUGGAAGAUAGCGACGAUAUGGGAGGCGAGGACGAUGACGAUGCUCGGAGUGAUGCAUUUGCGCUGGACGCAGUUCUGAGCAGACGAGGAACCGCAACCACGCUCGGCGAUAGCGAGAGACGGUUGUUAAUGGAGAGCCAGUCGCAAGUCUCUGCGCUGCAGGAGAAAGUCGAAAAGCUGGAGGAGUUAGUCCGCACCAAGGAUGAGGAGCUUUCCCGAUCAUCCGACGCAGGCCAGUCUGGGGCCAGCGUUAAUGAGCGCGAGGCGUGGGAUGAUCUCCGCCAGGAUCUGGAGAGCAAGGUUUCCCAAGCCGAAAAUCUCAACAGCUCGCUCCAGCUUGAACUUGAUAGACUUAGGCUUGAGCAUGAAAGCAUGGAACGAGAUCUCCGUAAUCAGAUUGACGAGGCUAGCCGCAGUGCAGGCGAUGCGGACCUGCAAGCCCGUUAUGCCGACUUGGAAAGCAAACACCAGAGCCUCCAGGUGGAGCUGCAGCAACAGCAGCAGGUUACACAAGAGGUCCGGCGCGAGGCUUCUGAGUUCCUCAUGGAGAUGAAAUCUCUCACAGCCCAGAGCCAUUCCAACUGGGAACGUGAAGAGCAGCUCGCUACUGAUGUCCAUCGAUUGGAGGCCGAGGUCAAUGACUGGAAGCACCGUUAUGCAAAGGCAAAAUCUCAGUUGCGCCAUCUGCGCACUUCCUCUGGUGGAAUUAGUGAUUCUCGGCCUGACGCGAGCAUCCUUGCCAAGGAACAUGAGCUUGUACAGGCCGAUGGUGUGGUCAAAGACAUCCAUGUGACCAAGUUCCAAAUGUCGAUCGACGAGCUUCUACGAGUGGCUCGUUUCGAAGAUUCAAAGACUGUCCUUCACCAGAUCAAGUUCGUCGUUAUGGCAAUUCGCCAUAUGAUCCAGGAUGUGGACCAGGCUCCUCCCCCAGUCGAUGGAACCGCUACCUUGCGCAUCAAGGCCAAGUCGCGAGUGUCGGUUACUGCCAACAACAUGAUCACUGCGGCUCGCAACUUUGCCAGUUCCAGCGGUCUUUCUCCAGUCUCCUUGCUGGAUGCCGCCGCAUCACACUUGUCUACAGCCGUUGUGGAGUUGGUCCGGGUUGUGAAGAUUCAGGCAUCGCCUGCCGACGGGCUGGAUGAGGAUGAUGCCGAUGUUGAUAUUUCCACCGAGAAGUUCCCGGACUACUUCGACGCGAGUGCUAGUCAACGUCCUAUGAGCAACCAUUCUGAGUACAGCAUCUUGAGUCCUCCGGACCAGGAUCACCCAGCGAUGCAGAACGGCCUUAACAAUGGCACGAGCUUCAACUACGGGGUUCCACAGGAGGACCACGAAGUUCAAGAACUGAAGUUCUAUGUCGAGGAUCAGACCGACAGCAUGGUUCAAUCCAUCCAGGCCCUGGUGGCCAGUAUCCGUGCGGAACAUGACAUGCACACCGUGCAGACAUACGUGUCUGCCAUUUCUGACAUUGUCUCCAAUGUGGUGUCUUCCACCGAGCAUCUUACCCACGAACGGAGUGGCGACUCCUCUCUGCGCGAGCGCACCGAACCCAUCAUCCAUUCAUUGUACGAAUGCCGGGACCGUCUGACGGGCACCGCAACUGAGGGCAUUGAUGCCAACACCCCCGAGCACCUGCGCGAGGUCACCAACCGGUUGCCUCCAAUUGCGUUUGAGCUUGCCCGCCAGACCAAGGAGCUUGUACAGCGCCUAGAGACGUUAGCCCUGAGUGACGACGAUGAGUUCUCUUGA